AUGGGUUAUUUAGGAAGUUGUAGGAUUAAAAGGCCUAUUUUAAAUCUUUUAUUGAAUUAUCCUUCAAGUAUAUCAACUCAAGUAGCAGAUUGUUUCUUAUUUACAACAUCGGCAUUGAAUUCAUUAUUUUUAUUUUUUGAAAAGUAAAUCAAAUAUAAAAAAAUAAUAGACAUCCAGAUCAUCAUAAUUUACCAUUAAUAAAUUUUGAUAUAAGCAUAAUCUUAAAUUAAACAAUUCCAUUAGCAUGGAGUGCUGGAGCAUUUCUACAAUAAAGAUCUCCAAAAUUUAUUAUAUACCUAAUAUAAUUGUGUUUUUUAUUAGGUGCCAUUCCAUUUUAAUGGAAAUUCAGUAAUAAAAUGUUAUUUAUUUAUAGCACAUUUAUAGAAAAGACUUGAAUAAGAUAAGAAAGAAAAUAUCAUAUUGGUUAAUUAAAAAAUAAAGACUUAGGAAGAAGAUAUGGCAAAUGAAAAAAAUUUUUAUGAAAAGCUCCUAAAUUAGUAUUAACAAUUUCAUAAAAAUGACCAUAAAAAAUUUUAGAUAAAGAAUCUAAGUUUUAUUUUUGUAUCUAUUUUUGUUAAUCAAACUAUUAUCCUUAUGAAAUCUAAUAAACAUAAUAAUUCAAUAAUUGAUUUAGAUAAACGCACUCUUGAAAAUAAUCUAAUUUUAUUAGCAAUAAUUGGAAUAAAUCUUACUUAUACAUUUUUUGUUUAUUGGAGUAAAAGAAAUGAAGAAUAUUAUAAAGAUAUAGUAUAAUAUAGACCAAAUUAGGGAUUCUUUAAAGAGAAAAAAAUAAUUCUUUUUUUAUUAUUUGGGUGGUUUCUUAGCUGGGUUCAGCACAGGAUUGUUAGGUAUGGGAGGUGGUUUAAUUAUGGUGACCUUUUUAUUAUCAUAAAAAAUAAUAGCAAGAGAAGCAGCUGCCACUGCUGCUUUUGGAUCAUUUAUGAUUUCNAGUUUAAUUAAUUAAUAAUAUCCUUUUUAUAUUAUUAUAGAGCUAUUUCUUAAUACUAUCUGAUUAUUUGUACUCCUAUUAUAAUUGAUUAAUAGCCUUUUAAUUAAUCCUAUAAUAGAAAUAAUUUUUUCUCCAUUAUCACUUAUAAUUUUAAGGUAUUGACUGGUUAAGUAUAAUUAUUUUUAAGUUAAUUUUUAUAUUAAAAAAUUCUAUUAUUAAUAUAUUUUGGAAAAUCUUAGUAUUUCAAAUGUUUCAUAUUUUUUUGA